UUCGCAAUUCGCACUGCACGCACCACCAUACGCCGCUCUGCUGAGCUCUCUACCUCUACUCCUAGUCCUGUUCCUGCUGCCCGUGCCGCUAGCCUUCUUAACCCCUAGAGCCGUAGCGCGCGAGGGAGGGGAGGCCUACGGAGACGAGGACGAGAGCUUUCGGGGUUUCAGGAGCGAAGCGGUGGCGACUUGCCAUACCGCUACGGCGCUAGGCUGCUGCUGCGGAGCGGGGGCAGGCAUUCGUUGCUCCCCAUUGCGAGGAGAGGAAGGUUUGGUGGGGGUGUUUUUUUUUUUUCUGCGCCAAGUGAAGCUGGAUUCUUGAUCCCCGGCGCGGUUGGGGCUCUUGCGGCAAGCUCAAGCAUUUGGCGCCUACAUUCGGCAGUCGGUCGAUUCGGCCCGGGAUUUGCGGCUUCCCGGAUCAGAAUCCUGCCUUGAGCUGAAUUUGUGCGGGAUUUGAGGAUUCUUUCCGCUGAGGGCGCGCCCUGCCUUGUUUUGGGGCAGAUAGGAGACUCCCAAGAGGGGUAGAGAGGGGUGCGGAUUUUUCCAUUGCUGUGGACGGGGAGGUAUGAGACAAUGAGGGAAGAGAGCAACAAGAAGGGAAAGCUCUCCUGGUCGAAAUCCCUUGUGAGGAAGUGGUUCAACGUCAAGUCUAAGGCGCAGGAUUUCCACGCGGAUUACGAUGCGAGCCAAGGAAGGGAGGGGCAUGGUGAUGAAAGGAGGACCAGCUGCUCAGAGAGGGAGGCAGGCACAGCCAAGAAAAGCAGAACUGAUGGGUUGUCAAAGCGGAGUAUCGACCGAAUCCGCGGAGGAAGGAAUGAUGUCGAUGCGGCACACCUGACAGAAGUUCAGAAUUACAGAGUCUUUGCCUCCACAUGGAAUGUAGGUGGUAAAUCGCCACCAAGGGGCUUAAAUCUUGAUGACUGGCUCCAUUCUUCACCUGCAGCUGAUAUCUACGUGUUAGGAUUUCAAGAAAUUGUUCCCUUGAAUGCUGGAAAUGUUCUUGGCACUGAAGAUAAUCUCCCAGCAAAAAAGUGGGUAUCCCUUGUUAGGAGGACAUUGAAUAAGAAUCCUGGGUCGUGCUGUUAUGGUGGCUAUCGAACGCCAUCUCCUGUCCCUGAUCCAGUUGUGGAACUGGAUGCCGAUUUUGAGGGAUCGUCGAGAAGGCAGGAUAGUCUUUCAUUUUUGCAUCGUCGAUCAUUCAACCUUAGCCGGAGUUUAAGAGUUGAAGGGAACCAUAUGUUAUCACACCCUAGGUUGGAUCGUAGGUUCAGUGUGUGUGAUCCAGUUAGCUUGGGAGGCAGGCCAAGUGACUUUGAUGGAAAUUUGCCAUUCAUGGGAUCACCAGAUGAUCAUUGUAUUGAGGAGGAUACAAGCAAUGGAACAUAUCUUUCACCCUUGCCAAAUGGCUAUGGCGCCUCAGCGCCUAUGGAAGAAAAUAAUGAUCAGCCAAAUACAUCUAGGUAUUGUUUGGUUGCCAGCAAGCAGAUGGUUGGUAUAUUUCUUACCAUUUGGGUACGCAGCGAAAUAAGAAAUGAUGUGAGAAACCUGAAAGUUUCUUGUGUGGGUAGAGGACUAAUGGGUUAUCUGGGAAAUAAGGGGUCUAUAUCGAUAAGCAUGUCUUUGCACCACACAACUUUUUGUUUUAUCUGUUGUCACUUGACCUCUGGGGAAAAGGAGGGAGAUGAACUGCGAAGGAAUUCUGAUGUUAUGGAAAUUCUAAGGAAGACUAGAUUUCCUCAGGUCCGCAGUGCUGGUUAUGUUAAGUCACCAGAAACAAUUCUUGAGCAUGAUCGUAUCAUUUGGCUUGGGGAUUUGAAUUACCGGAUCGCUCUUUCAUACUGCUCAGCUAAAGCUCUUGUUGAAAUGCAUAAUUGGAAGCAACUAUUGGAGAAAGAUCAGCUUCGAAUAGAACGGAGAUGUGGGCGUGUUUUCCAGGGAUGGAAAGAAGGCAGGAUCUAUUUUCCUCCAACAUAUAAGUACUCAUUCAACUCAGAUCUUUAUUCUGGUGUGCGUCCCAAAGAAAAGCGGAGAACACCAGCUUGGUGUGACCGCAUUUUGUGGUAUGGUAAUGGCCUCAUGCAGUUGUCCUAUGUACGCGGAGAAUCCCGCUUCUCUGAUCACAGGCCCGUGUACAGUAUUUUCAUGGCUGAGGUUGAAAUUGUCCGUCCUAGAAGAAGGAAUAUGGGCUAUUUCAGCUCUAGAAUUGAGGUGGAAGAGCUUUUGCCAUAUGCUUACAACUCUGGAGAAAUGAAGUUCUACUAAUUUGGCUCACAUUGCCAUAUGGUUGGAACUUGUUUUGUACUUUAACUUAGGUUACUGGGUCCCUGAUGUAACUGGGGUCAAAGAUUGGUUGGAUGAUCAGGUGUAAACUUGACUUUUUUAUAAAAAAAAAAUCUGGUUUUCAUUGCUAGCUUUCAGCCAGAUGCUUGAGGCGCAUUGCAACAAAACUAACAUAAAGGAUAGUUGGGCAAUUUUGCAACUAACCAUUUGCCUGUGAACAGCCAUGCUCAAACAAGGAUCAGCCCACAUGUGUACAUAACUACACAGCUCAAGAAACCUUUGUCCUCCAUUUUGAUUUUUCUCUCUUUCUAGGGAUGUUACUAAAUGUAAAUCAUUUUUCUUCUCCUUUUGCCUUUGGGAAACCUGUCAGUAUGAGGUUUUGGGGUGCAUGAGUAUGAGCAUGAGAUGUAAAAUCAUUGCAAAUCGGCAAAAGGUGAAAUGAUGCUUGAAUUGAACUGAUCCUGGAUCAUGAUCUCCGGUGCCGAGGGAACAGUGAUCGAUUGAUGUGACUUGAGAGGUUUGCAAAGGUGUAAUCAUGUGCAUAACUUUUACCCCUGUGGUGCAGUACCUGAGAAGCAAAAUGAUGCCUGCAUUUGCUGUGCUCAUUGCUGUGGCAGAAAAAAAAUGUUGGGUUAAAAUUUUACUAA